AUGGCCAUUCAAGCUAACAGUCAGUGUGCCGAAGCUUACAGUAAUCUCGGAAAUGUCUUCAAAGAGCGUGGAGAAUUAGCUGAAGCUCUUGAAAACUAUAAAUACGCAGUUAGGCUAAAACCUGAUUUUAUUGAUGGGUACAUUAACCUUGCCGCUGCUCUGGUUGCUGGUGGUGAUCUGGAUCAAGCCGUCGCAGCAUAUCUCAGUGCUCUAAAUUACAACCCAGAGCUAUAUUGUGUGCGCAGUGAUUUGGGGAAUUUGUUGAAAGCAAUGGGUCGAUUAGAAGACGCUAAGAUAUGUUAUUUGAAAGCAAUCGAAACACAACCACAAUUCGCUGUGGCAUGGUCGAAUCUCGGUUGCGUGUUCAAUGCUCAGGGUGAAAUCUGGUUGGCUAUCCAUCAUUUUGAAAAGGCUGUUCAACUAGACCCCAACUUUCUGGAUGCCUACAUCAAUCUUGGAAAUGUACUGAAGGAAGCUCGGAUUUUCGACAGAGCUGUUGCUGCGUAUCUUCGCGCUCUUAAUUUGGCUUCCAAUCACGCAGUUGUUCACGGAAAUCUGGCCUGUGUCUAUUAUGAACAAGGAUUGAUUGACUUUGGCGAUUGA